AUUUCCGUUUUGAAAUCACUAGCAGAAGAGCUUAGUCAGACUAGCUGGGUUGUUCCUGAGUUGCAGUAAUCUGAAUAUACUUCUGUGAGCAUCGUCAUGUGGGCUGAAAAUGAUUUGUGUCCAGAAAAGCUCCAAAGUUGUGCAGAACCUACUGAUGGGAAAGUGUACCGAAUGUAUCAUGGUACAUCUCGUGAGGCUGCUACCGAAAUAUUAAUCAAUGGCUUUAAACCGUCUGCGAACGGCAUGUUAGGGCGUGGUGUGUAUCUCAGUCGUGAUCUUAAUAAGGCCAGUAGAUAUCCUUUGGAGCUCCCUGAGCAUCUGAGAUUUGUUAUAAGGGUGAAUGUCCAUGUUGGGAGAGUGAAGAGAAUCGAUUUUCAAGGUCACCCACUGCAGAAAACCUGGCAUGAUCAUGGCUAUGACACUGCUUGGUGUCCUCCUAACUGUGGCAUGGUUCCAAGUGGUCUGGAAGAAGAUUGUGUGUGGGAUCCAAGCCGUAUCAAGGUCAUUGAUGUAAUUCAACCAAGACAAUCUCUAGCACAGCAGUUUCCUGGCUUUGCAUUCAUGAACAGCUUGUGGGCUGAAGAUGAUUUGGGUCCCGAAGUUCCCUGUCUCGAAAGCUGGUCACAACCUAUUGAUGGAAAAGUGUACAUAAUGUAUCAUGGCACCUCCCGUGAGGCUGCUGCCAAAAUAAUAAUCAAUGGCUUUAAACUGUCUGCGGGCGGCAUGUUAGGGCGUGGUGUGUACCUCAGCCGUGAUCUUAAUAAGGCCAGUAGAUACCCUUUGGUGCUCCCUGAGAACCUGAGAGUUGUUCUAAAAGUGAGAGUUAAAGUUGGAAAAGUGAAGAAAAUCGAUCACCAAGGUCACUUAAUGCAGAAAACCUGGCACGAUCAUGGCUAUGACACUGCUUGGUGUCCUCCUAACUGUGGCAUGGUUCCAAGUGGUCUGGAAGAAGAUUGUGUGUGGGAUCCAAGCCGUAUCCAGGUCAUUGAUAUAAUUCAACCAAGAAAAACACCAGGACUAUUCCAUCAGUGAAUAUAAAUG